GUGACGCCUGGCUGCACUUUUCUACGAUUCCACGUGUUUUCAUUUUGGGGUAAAACAUUAAUCGGAUUAUAUAAAAUGCGGCCGCUAACAGACGAGGAGACAAAAACAAUGUUUGAAAAGCUUUCCAAAUAUAUUGGAGAGAACAUCAAACUUCUUGUUGACAGACCUGAUGGUACUUACUGCUUCAGACUCCACCAUGAUCGGGUUUAUUACAUCAGUGAAAAAAUCCUGAAGUUGGCCACAAACAUCUCUCGGGACAAAUUAAUUUCUGUUGGAACAUGUUUUGGAAAGUUUACCAAGACUCACAAAUUUCGCCUACAUAUCACAGCUCUCGAUUUCCUCGCUCCAUAUGCCAAGUAUAAAGUUUGGGUAAAGCCUGGAGCAGAACAAUCUUUCCUAUAUGGCAACCACGUCAUGAAGUCUGGGCUUGGUCGGAUUACAGAAAAUACAGCUCAGUAUCAGGGAGUGGUGGUCUACUCGAUGGCGGAUGUACCGCUGGGCUUUGGAGUGGCAGCUAAAACCACACAGGAGUGCCGUAGAGUCGAUCCUAUGGCUAUUGUGGUGUUUCACCAAGCCGAUGUGGGCGAGUACAUCAGGAGCGAGGAUACGCUGACCUAAAACAAUACCGCAUCCUGCAAUAGACUGUUGCUGUUUGAUAUAGGUGGACUGUAAUUUAGUUCUGAAGGAACUACAACAAAUGUUAAUAUUCAGCAAAGAUUUCCACAAGCAGUUCAGAACGUAUUUGUAUGGACAGUGUUUUAUCUAAGCUGUAGUACAUCUGCCUAGUGGCUUACAGCUGGAUUAUCCAUGACUCCAUUCAGUUUUAGCAGAAGCCUAAUCAACCUGUUUAGAUGCAUCAUAUUUUUUUCCUGCAGACUUUUUUUUUUAUAUACUGUGUCUGAUUUUGUGACUGAUUCAGAAGCAGUGUUGUAUGAUCAAGCUGUUAUUCAUACUGAAGAAAAAGAAAUGAAAAUGUUUCUUAAAAAUAAAAGUAACUCAUGGAUCUUCUUAGGUAGAAGUAUUAAAGUAUCUUAGAUUAUCCAUAUAUGUGUUAAAGUUACUCUGGAAUUAAAUCUUGUAUAAAAUAAAACAGAAGAAGCUGGA